AUGUCAGAUGAAAAAACUAGUAUACUUAAUGUUUGGUUAAAUACAAACCGAAAUUAUCAAGAAAUUCAACGAUGGUAUAGAGGUUGGCAUUUAUUAUUUCUACAAGCAAUUAUUAAUCAUAUAAUAAUAAAAGAAAAAUUAACAAAAGAUUUAAUGAUGAUUAAUCAAAGGAAAUCAGGAACAUUUAAUGUUCAACAAACAUCUCCAUCUCAACCAUUUGUAAAUAUUAAUUAUAAGGCAAUUUAUAAUCAUGGUAUUACAAUAUCAUCAUCAACUGUCAUUUCAUCAUUUAAAGAUCUCGUUGAAAAGGAAGUUACUAAAGAUAAUCUAUUAUUUUUACCCAUACAAAAUCGAACAUUUGAAGACAAAUAA